CUCUGCCUUUACUCAUGAAAGGGAUAUAAAGAUAUUUUGUGUUACAGUGUUACAGGAACGAUUUCAGACUAUGAAAAAAAAAGUUACUGUUGUAGGAAUUUUCCAUCAUCUGAUUGAGUUGGAAUGCAAAAGUGUACAAAAGAUACUUGAUUAAGUCUAAAACCGAAGUGUACUAAAGAAAAGAAUGUAAUUUUGAUUGUGGGACAGCUGCAUUAUCUAAUUGGCGAGGCGUUCCAAAUUUUACCAAAGGUGUAUAUUUUUAUUCUCUAAUAAGUAUAUAAGGACACAGCUCAUAAUCCAUACAGCUUUUUUUAAUAAAAAAAAACUACUUUCUUUGUCACUCUAAUAAAAUCCCAAUGAACAGCACUAUGCAUCUUUUAAAAGUGAUCGAAGAAGAAAAUGAAUCGAUCAAAAUCCAAGAUAUUCAUUCAUCAUUGGGAAACCAACAAUAUAAAUAUUACAAUGAAGAAGAGGAAGAAUCUGAUCGAGAUACAAUUAGUGAUGAUGACGAAGAACCGAUUUGUGGAUGUGGUAAAGCUCUAUCGUCUGGUUGGAAUUGUACACAAUGCAGACAAAAUUGCACAACGUGUCAGCGUGCUCUUGCUCAUGAAGAAAUAUGCAGUCGAUGCCACGUGGAACGUAACACAGGUCCCACAAUAAAGGAAACUGCAAUCUAGAUUUUUCUUUUUUUAUCCCCACAUUGCCCAAUCAAUCUUUUAAGCUUGAAUUUGUACUAUAUUUAAUAAAAUUAUUUAUUUCUUUGUUGAUCAAAGCAAAAAAAAAA